AAAAAAGUGCUCAAAGGAUUACUGCAGUUGUAGUAGGUUGAAGAAACAUGGAUUCUUACAGUAUUAUUGGCAUUGUUUUUACCAGUUUUCUCAUGUUUCAACUUCUUUUCCAUUUUGUAAGUCCUUGGUUUUCAGCACAAGUAACCUCAGGUUUUAACAAACUAAGCACCCAAAAGAAGAUCGAAUGGAACUCAAGGAUAGUAUCCACAUUCCAUUCCUUGCUGGUUGGUUUUUUAUGCCUAUAUAUUUUAUUUUUUGAUGAGGCUACUAUAGCUGAUCCCCUUUGGGGUGAUCCUUCAGUUGUUCAAGUGAAUCUUGCCAUUGCUUCAGGCUACCUCCUCUCUGAUAUGUUUCUUAUCAUUUUGUACUGGAAGGUGAUUGGUGAUAAGUUUUUUAUCAUUCACCAUUCAGCAGCUCUAUAUGCAUACUACUUUGUACUGAUGAAGGGGAUGCUGGCAUAUUUUGGUAACUUUCGUCUGAUUGCAGAGUUUUCGAAUCCUUUUGUGAAUCAACGGUGGUUCCUCGAAGUGCUAGGAUAUCCCAAGUCUUCCAAAGCUAACAUCAUCAAUGGCGUACUAAUGACAGUAGUAUUCUUCAUCGUAAGGAUUGCAGUCAUUCCGCCUUUCUAUAGUCAUAUUUAUGCUGUAUUUGGAACAGAAGCUUUCAACAGACUAGGAUUCGCUGCCCAAAGUGCCUGGAUUGGUUGCAGUGGUGUUUUAGAUGUGAUGAAUGUGAUGUGGAUGAUCAAAAUUUCAAAGGGAUGCCUCAGAGUUAUCUCUCUCAUAAGAAAGGAAAAAACCAACAAGUGUCAUCAAAAUGGAAAACUUGACUAA